GUGACGGCGCUCUCAGCAGGCACGCCGGGUAAUGUAGUCCUGGGAGCCACUCACCUCCGGCUCCGCUGUGACACCCUAACCCUUUCCGCACCACAAUUCCCGUGAGCCACCGCGGCCACCAGCAAUUUAAUGAGUUGAAGGACUGAGGGUUCGGUGGAGGCUCCGGGGGACUCGGGGGCAGCGGGGAGCGGGAGGUUGUCGGUGAAAUGCCCUUUGCUCUGGCUGGUAGCGUCUGCUGAUGGUUUGCCCUGGAGUUUCCUGUACGGCCUGCUCAUCCCCCUCCCUUGACCCCUGGACCUUCCUUACUAAUGACUGGCUGGAUUGUCCUGCCCGUCAGCCUGACUGCAUUCUCCAUCCCCGGGAUAUGGAUUGUGUACGCCAUGGCUGUGAUGAACCAUCAUGUUUGUCCUGUGGAAAACUGGACGUACAAUGUGACGUGCUCCGAUGACACUGCCAAGCAGGGGACACCGAAGUCUUGCUGCACUCUGGAGGAUGUUCCUCUCAUCAGUAAGUGUGGGACGUACCCCCCGGAGAGCUGUCUCUUCAGUCUGAUUGGAAAUGUUGGUGCUUUUAUGGUGGUGAUGAUCUGUUUGCUGAGAUACAGUCAGGUCAUAGAGCUGAGCCAUGGCUCCUGGCUGAAUACAGUCGCCCUGAUCGCUGGUUGUACCAAUGCAGCAGGACUUGUCAUGGUGGGGAACUUCCAGGUGGAUUACGCCAAGUCUCUGCAUUAUAUCGGUGCAGGAGUGGCAUUCCCAGCUGGUUUGCUGUUUGUAUGUCUACAUUGCAUCCUUACCUACCAUCUGGCCACUAGCACACUAGACUAUUGGGUGGGACACCUGCGUGUAAACCUGACCGUUGUGGCCUUAGCAUCCCUUGUCCUGAGCGGGGUCUUUUUCAUCCAUGAAAGCUUCCUCCUUCAGCACUUGGCUGCAAUCUGCGAAUGGAUCUUCGUGCUGGAUAUCUUAGUCUUCUACGGAACAUUUUCCUACGAGUUUGGAUCGGUCUCCAGCGACACCAUCAUGGCCGCUCUGCAGAGCUCCGCAGCUCGCAGCUGCAAGUCUCCAGGAAGCAGCAGCACAUCCACCCACCUCAACUGUAAUCCUGAGAGGAUUGCCAUGAUAUGACCAGGGUGGGGCUCGCUGCUCCCCAACACUCAGGAUUAUUUUUAAGAUUUUUUUUUUUUUUUUCGAGGUUUUUACCAAAUAUUAAGAAACAUAAGCCAAUUUUAACUCUACAGCCAGGCAGGUAUACAAAAGACUUUACUGGCGGUAUUUGGGUUACAAGAAAAGUAUUCACGGAGGUUCACUUUUUCAUGUGCGUAUUUUCACGUCUAACACUUCUGGGGCAAUAUUUUUGUAUUUACUUAUUUUUAUCUUUUAUUUUUAUUUCUAUAGGUGGGUGCAUUUUGCAGUCCAACAAAUGCCUACUGCCAGCACAGGGUGCUUUUUUUUUCUGUCUGAAAUAAUAGUCUGUGGGUUCUAAUGUGAGACACAGUCACUGACCAGCUGCUCCCCCCUCUUGCUCAGCCAGCAAAUUGGCUCCUUUCGGUAUGGAUAGUUUAAAAUGGAACCACAACUGUAAUUUUUUUUUCCUAGUUUUGGGUAAGACCUCAAAGAGUUGGAGGCUCAGUCAGGUCCUUAGUGCUGUAUGUAACCCAGUUGGGGAGAUUCAGUCUCACUAUUAUGCUUGUGUUAUCUGUAAAUGCACAAUGAGCUGCCAGUGGAGAAAUGGAGGCACCUGUUGAUGAAUGUUAAAAGGUUGGAUUUUCUUUGUACUUUUUGGAGACUUUCUCUUACUUCCUGCCAGAUCUCCAGGACAGGAAGUAAGCAGAAAUCUACCCAGUGAGAACACCGAUUUCAAUAAAAACCAUGAAGGUUCCAACCUGUCCAUACUUUGCAAGACUAGAGAAAAAGUUUUGGCUGGAGUCCCACUUUAAAGGCUGCACUUUAUGCUUUGAAGGCGUACACCAUGUGGUUGUUCUGUUGAGACUGCGCACAUUACAAAUAUAUUGGAGCACCUAUA